CCUGCGGGCCGGGGGCUCCCGCGGCGGGAGCUGGCUCCGCCCCCCGCGGCGUUCUCGGGUCCCGGGGCCGCGUCCGGCCGCGCUGCGGGGGGCCCGGGGAUGGCGCUGCGCCUCCUGCUGCCGCUGCUGGGGGCUGCAGCCCUGCCGGGGGCCCGAUCCCGCCUGCACUCCUUGCGCGUAUUGGACACGGUGGUGUCGGAGCCCGGCCCGGGGCUGCCCUGGUUCAGCCGUGUUGUGUACGUGGACGAUCAGGUCACCUUCGUCUACACCAGCGGGAUGCAGAGGGCGAAGCCUCGCACAGCGUGGAUGGCGGAGAACGAGAGUCCGGAGUUCUGGGACAAGAGGACCUGGUGCGCACAGCGCUACCAGAAAUGGUACAACGCGAGUCUGAACACCCUGGGUCAGCUCUACAACCAGAGCGAGGGGUUUCACAUUAUCCAGACGAUAUACGGCUGUGAUCUCCGGGAAGACAACACCAUUCAGGGGUUUUACCAGGAUUCAUAUGACGGACGAGACUUUCUUACCUUCGAUAAGGAGACCAUGACUUGGGUAUCAGCAGAUAUUGGGGCUCAGAUCACCAAGAGGAGAUGGGAUGUUGAAGUAUUUGACAACCAGCGGUGGAAACGCUACCUGCAGGAGGAAUGUAUUCCCUGGCUAAGGAAUUCUCUAGAGUACGGGAAGGAGACUCUACAGAGGAAAGUGCGCCCAACAGCUAGAGUGAGUGACAGGUCGUCUCAUGACGGCCUCACCACCCUCUCCUGUAAGGUCAGUGGGUUCUACCCCCGGGACAUCACCGUGACCUGGCUGAGAAAUGGGGAGAGCAGACAGCAGGAGACCUACUCUGAAGGCAUCCUACCCAGUGGGGACGGGACCUAUCAGACCUGGGUGACAAUGGAGAUUGAUCCCAAGAUCAAAGCCCAUUAUUCAUGUCACGUGGAGCAUGAAGGCCUGUUAGAGCCACUCUCCGUCUCCUGGGAACCAAAUAACAAUCUAAUUCCCACUGUGGCUGGAGUUAUCACUGCAGUUGUCCUGAUUGGUGUUAUAAUCGGAGUAGUCGUCUGGAAAAAGAAACGCCCAGGGAAGAAGGGAGACGGCUAUGCUGUAGCUCAGGCAAACGACCAAGGACCUAGUGGCUCUGACCUAUCUGCCAAGGGUGUGAAAGACUCUAGUGAGAGGGAUUUCUCUGUGGCUGCUGACACAGCGUGGGCUGAGCUCAGCUUUUGCAAUGAUAACUCCAGCGGCUUCAGAGAACAGUCUCCAGUGAACUGCAGGGAGGAAGCAGCAGGGACAGGGCCCAGCACUUGGGGCUCCAGGAACCCGGGUCUCUGACACUGGAGCGACAAGCUUUGUCAGCAGGGUUAGAGAUUUUGUCCACUGAACCCUGCAGCCACUAGGGCGACCGCCCCGACCGCAGCGUGCACUGUCAUUGCAAAACAUGAUGGCAGGUUCCCUUU